GCACGGAGUUGACAAGUGCGCCCUCCCCCAUCAACGUCGUUUGACAUAUAGCCAUCGUUACAGGAAUCGCCUCCGGCAGUUUUUAAAAAGGCAAACUCAAAGCCACAUAUUAUACUGUAUGUGUAGAAACGUGCGGGGAGGACAGCCUACCGAGAUUGGUUCUUCUACAAGACAAUCCCUGCUUUUUUUCUUCUUCAUUUGGAGACAAUCGAUGUGCAUGCGUAAAACGACAAUUGAAAGCCCAAAAGGAGAAGACUCGGGUUAUUACUCGGUGGACAAUCUAAACUCGAAUAUAAUUGGACAUUUUACACAAUAAAGACAACGCAGACACUUCGCCCGGGUGAAGAGUGGAACCUUAGCAUCUGAUACAGUGAUUGAGGGACUUUUACGCACUCAGGCAGUGGCCACCUGUGGAUGGUGACUCUUUCAAGGACUUUUGCCCCAAAACCCCAAUGAUCGAAAGCAUUGCAAGCGUUCCAUGCAGAACACAUAGUAGUUGAUUAUAGUUGUUUUAUGUUUGUAAUCGUUUUAAUUUGAAACAAUAUGCUGGUUAGUUUUUCACUCCUGGCAACGCUUCUCCUAAGCGAGUCUGGUUGUUUGGGCUCGUUCGUACCGUGCGAACCGUGUGACCAGAAGGUUAUGUCGAUGUGUCCGCCAGUGCCGGUGGGAUGCCAGCUGGUGAAGGAGCCUGGCUGUGGUUGCUGCCUGACUUGCGCGCUCCCGGAGGGACAGUCGUGCGGGGUGUACACGGGGACAUGCACGCACGGGCUCCGAUGUCUGCCGAAGAGCGGGGAGGAGAAACCGCUGCACGCGCUCCUCCACGGGAGAGGAGUGUGCGCCAACGAGAAAAUGUACAAGCCGCUGCAUCAAGGCAGGGACGGUUAUUCUCCAGAGGAAGCUAUGUUAGCAGAGGUUCCAGAGUCCCUGCUGCCCCAGGCCAAGGUGCCUCUGUACGGGGGCAGAGACCACAUCAGCAGCCGCAAGGCUCAGGCCAUGAGACAGGCUAAAGACCGCAAGAGACAGCAGGCCAAGCUCCACUCUGUCAGCAGCCUUGACUACUCAACCCUCGCCCUGGACAAACUGCAGCCUGAGUUUGGACCCUGCAGGAGAAAGCUGGACGGGAUCAUUCAGAGGAUGAAAAACACAUCUAGAGUCCUAGCUCUGUCCCUAUACCUUCCAAACUGUGACAAGAAGGGAUUCUUCAAGCACAAGCAGUGUAAACCAUCACGUGGGAGGAAGCGGGGGAUCUGUUGGUGUGUGGACCGUUUUGGCGUGCAGCUCCCUGGCACGGACUACAGUGGAGUGGACAUCCAGUGCAAAGACCCGGAGAGCAACAGCAACAAAAACGAAUGAGAGAUGGCCAAUUUGGUCACCUGACAUGAGCCAAGGCCCGCCUCCCUUUACCCCUACUCCUGCAAAUCACAUGUACAUGCAAAAUAUGCAAAGGCCAAUCAAAUCAGGAAAGCAGAGCACAGAUACAGUACAUACACAUGGUUUUAAACUAUACAUCUACCUAUAAUGAGAUGACCUAUAACCUCCCUUUGAAGCACAUAUAACAAUGUUCUCUGAUUUAAAUUAUAUUAGAUUCUGUUUAAACAAAAUUUUAAGGCUAAAGAGUAAAGCCAAUCUUUUUCACCUAUGUUGUUAUCGUGAUGUUGACAGGAAGUCUUUACUGGGGAGCACAGUAAUCUGGGGUCGUAUUUAAACGUAACUCUGUUCCCUUGGUCCAAAUGUUUGUCCCUUCAGAGCACUUCCCCUACAAGAGAACCUCAGUGACUGAAAGUACUUUAUUGUCUGAGUUUGGGUCUAUGUCCUUACAUGUCUUUCUGAGUGCGAUGAGAUGAGCUUUUUUCAGUCCUGCUUUUCUUCCACUUUGUCUCCCAGAUUGUUCUGAGUUGAGGGUCUUAAGAACUAGUAACUGCUCGUAUACAGUAGGUUGUUACAGAGUAGUUACAGUAGCUAUCUUAAUAAACCCAUCAACUGCUACUUCUGAUGGGUUGUGUCUCAAUAUAGUUUCAUAGGGGUGACUGUAUGAAAUGACUGUGUGUGUGUGUGUGUGUGUGUGUGCCUCCUAUACUUUCUCCUUUAGUAGUCUGUAUUGUGCCUUACCUUCCGUGAAUUAUAUUUAAAAAAGAUCACCUCAAAAACACAUCAUGACAGUCAUUUGCUUGUUUUGUCGUUUAUAAACGACAGCCAAGAAAGUACAGGUGCUUUGAAAAGUCCAACACAGGCUCAAAUCUCAUGCAAAUGCUGCACAGCGUUUCUAUUGACUUCUCGUAGCUUCCUGUCUGACCAUGAGACAGUCUUCUGCCUAGGACUCUACUGUAUGACCCCUGGAAAGGUGUGGCUCUUUGGGUUUCUAUGGAAAUCUCAGUGCCUUCUCUCUCUCUCUCUCUCUCUCUCUCUCUCUCUCUCUCUCUCUCUCUCUCUCUCUCUCUCUCUCUCUCUCUCUCUCUCUCUCUCUCAUGACUUUGAAUCCAGAUUUACAUCCAGAUUUAUCAGGCCUUGUCGUUGAACGAGGACAUUUUAGCAGUAUGUGGAUGUGGAGAUUGGUUGCCCGAGACCCAUGAGUUGACGAGUGUGAAGAUAUAAGUCUCCACGAUAUAAGGCCGUGAUGAUACUUCUUGAUCCUACGUCCCGUUUGUGAACAUGAUGUUAAAUCAGACGUCAACUGAUUUUAUUGAAGCUCAAAACAUUUGCCAGAUAUUUUGUUGACAUUCCUUGAAAUAGACAUCCCUUUUUUCAGGGUAUGGUAACAUGCCGAUAGCUUUGACAGGGGCUGUGUGUACAGCCUAUGCCUGCCACUAGAAUGCAUAGGAGACUUGGAAAGGUUUCUCAACUCAGUCUUAAGCUUGCUUGUAUGAAAGACCAUGAAAUCUCAAACAUUCCAUAUUCGUGAUAAAAAAAACAUGUAGCAAACUAAUAGGUAACAGUUUACUUAAAGCCAAACGGUACAAUGCUUCUUUGCUGAAAUGUUUUAACAGGCUGAAAUGAGCUGUUUAGUCAGGGUCCAUCAGAGACGAUGGUAAGACGUUAUAACAGGGUCAUACAUGCUUAUGACAAUUCUUACAAUGAAAUAAUGCAAUAGCUGUUGGCUUUAAGUGAAGUGUUACUAACAAAUCCAUGUGAAUAUUACAAAUAUGUCAUAUUUAUUCACUGUGUAAUUGAUAUACUUUAACCUUGUCUUUUUUGUAACGACAAAGCAUUUAUUUAAAUAAAGUUAUGUAUUGAUGUAUGGGAA